CUGAACUUGAAUUGGACGGGGGGCAGCUGCAGCGUUAUUAACAUUUCCAUUUAAUUUUAUACCUGCUCGUGCGUCUUACAGAUUUUGCACAUUUCUCUUCUCCACUACAACUAUACAAGAAUGUUCCGUUUACCGACUCUGAUGAGACAAGUCCGCCCGGUGAGCAGGGCUCUUGCUCCACAACUGACUCGUGCCUACGCCAAAGAUGUCAAAUUCGGAGCCGAUGCACGCGCCCUCAUGCUGCAGGGGGUCGACCUGCUCGCCGACGCCGUCGCUGUUACCAUGGGACCCAAGGGCCGCACAGUCAUCAUUGAACAGAGCUGGGGAAGUCCCAAGGUCACGAAGGACGGUGUGACUGUAGCCAAGGCCAUCGACCUGAAGGACAAGUACAAGAACAUCGGUGCCAAGCUGGUGCAGGACGUGGCCAACAACACCAACGAGGAGGCGGGCGACGGCACUACCACCGCCACCGUGCUGGCCCGCGCCAUCGCCAAGGAGGGCUUCGACACCAUCAGCAAGGGCGCCAACCCCGUGGAGAUCCGCCGCGGCGUCAUGCUCGCCGUCGAGACGGUCAUCAAUGAGCUCAAGAAGCUAUCCAAACCAGUGACGACGCCCGAGGAGAUCGCACAGGUGGCGACCAUCUCGGCCAACGGCGACAGCGAGGUGGGAAACAUCAUCUCCAACGCCAUGAAGAAGGUGGGCCGCAAGGGAGUCAUCACCGUCAAGGACGGCAAGACGCUGCACGACGAGCUGGAGAUCAUCGAGGGCCUCAAGUUCGACCGCGGAUACAUCUCCCCCUACUUCAUCAACACCGCUAAAGGUCAGAAGUGUGAGUUCCAGGAUGCCUACCUGCUGCUGAGCGAGAAGAAGAUCUCCAGUGUGCAGACCAUCGUGCCCGCUCUGGAGAUCGCCAACCAGCACCGCAAACCCCUCGUCAUCGUAGCCGAGGAUGUGGACGGAGAGGCUCUCAGCACACUGGUGCUCAACAGGCUGAAGGUGGGUCUGCAGGUGGUGGCGGUGAAGGCUCCUGGCUUUGGGGACAACAGGAAGAACAUGCUGAGGGACAUGGCCGUGGCAUCCGGAGGAGCUGUGUUUGGGGACGAGGCGGUGGGCCUGGCCCUGGAGGACAUUCAGCCGCACGACUUUGGGAAGGUGGGAGAGGUGCAGGUGACCAAAGACGACACGCUGAUCCUGCGGGGGAGGGGAGACCCGGCCGCCAUCGAGAAACGCAUCGCCGAGAUCGCCGAGCAGCUGGACACCACCACCAGCGACUACGAGAAGGAGAAGCUCAACGAGAGGCUCGCCAAGCUCUCGGACGGAGUCGCCGUGCUGAAGGUGGGUGGCACGAGUGACGUAGAGGUGAACGAGAAGAAGGACCGCGUGACUGACGCCCUGAACGCCACCCGGGCGGCUGUGGAGGAGGGCAUCGUGCCUGGAGGAGGCUGCGCCCUGCUCAGAUGCAUACCCGCUCUGGACACAAUCACACCCGCCAACUCAGACCAGAAGAUCGGUGUGGACAUCAUCAGGCGAGCCCUGCGCGUGCCGUCCAUGACGAUAGCGAAGAACGCGGGCGUGGAGGGUUCACUGGUGGUGGAGAAGAUCCUGCAGAUGGAGGGCCUGAUGGGAUACGACGCCAUGCAGGGGGAGUACGUCAACAUGGUGGAGAAGGGCAUCAUCGACCCCACCAAGGUGGUGAGGACCGCACUGCUGGACGCCGCAGGUGUUGCCUCUCUCCUGUCGACGGCGGAGGCGGUCGUCACGGAGAUCCCCAAGGAGGAGAAGGAGGGUGGCAUGCCCGGGGGCAUGGGAGGCAUGGGAGGCAUGGGUGGCAUGGGUGGAGGGAUGUUCUAAAGCCCCUGACCCAACAUUGACCCUUCGCCCUUGACCCUUCACCCCCCCCUCCCCCUCCCCGCCCCAGUUUACCACCAGGAGAAAGUGAGAAUUGGGUAUGUCUCAAAAUGAAGUGUCCUGACCUUGCUAGGACGAGUAACGGCCAUUUUUUCCAAGGUGUAUUCAAUUAUUAAUUAUUACACUUAGAACUAGUUAUUGGAUACUCUUUGGUGAAAUAUGUGAAAAAGGGGGCGUUGCUCGUCCUAGCAAGGCUAAGAGACUUUGCUUUGAGAAUUACCCACAAAGAGAGACAUGUUGCUGGAUCUGUCACCCAUGCUUGCUCUGUACCGCCCCCCUCUGGACACUUUUGGAACUACAUCACUCAACUACAUCAGUAUGAAGAUGAAGAAGUUUCUCCAUCCGCCUAAGUACAGAGAGCCCCAAGUUCCACCUCUCUCGGAUGCCCAGUACAGUGUAGGCCAGCGUUUCUCAAAGUGUGGUCCGGGGACCACUGGUGGUCCGCGACAGAGCUUAGGUGGUCCGCGAGGGGAAUUCUAUUUUUCCAAGACAAUCU